UCGUUCACACUGACAACUUUUGCCGCCAGCCGCCUGUCGACGUGAAUGUGCCACAGGAAACGCGUAAACUGUGUAAAAGAAACCUCAGCAUUCACAUUAAUCAGGCGCAUAUAUGUUCAGUCCUGACUAAACGUUAACGUUUGUUUCUCUUGGCUUCAUUAGCAGCUGCAUAGCUCUGUCUCUCUCUUUCUCGUUUGCGGCUCGUUUUGUGCGUGCGUGUGCUUUUAUGUGUGUGUGCGUGUGUGUGCGUUAGCCUAAUGAGCCAAAAGUGUUUUAUCGUGUUGUGUGUGUUUAAUAUUUAAUACAAUCUCAAAUAAAUGUUGCAUAAUCUGCGUGUCGCUGAGCAUUAGAAAGAGUAGCCACAACAGCAUUUCAUAUUGGCUUUGACCCCAACUACAUAAAUUGACAUCCAGUCUAAGCCAUAAAUAUCAAUUCAAUAAACGCCAAUGAGAUAUGAAAAACCCAUUCAACAACUGUGAAUAAGCCGCAAAUAAACAAGCUACUUGUAAAUUCCAAGAGAGUCUUACAAAUUUCUCUGGAUAACACGACCGUGCAACCUGCUUAUUGUGGUCGUGGCACGUACAGUUGCAACAAAAGGAACAGCUAGAAAAAGUCACUGUCUAAAUUCUGUGCGACGUAAAAGAAACGGCCAAGAAAUCCUUCAGAUGUCAAAUUACAAGCAGAUUGUAAAGGUCUAAGUGUAAAAGUUACUGUGUGUAUGAGAGUGCCAAACUAAACAAAAAAUACAAACAGAAACAAUAUUAAGCAAAUAUUAAAAAUAUUCAGUUUUACAAAUGUCUGCCGUUGAGCUAAAUGGCAACGUGCCGGCGAUGGAAUUUCAUCAGAGACAGGUAUGUACCAUGUCAACACUGCAUAGCACAAUAGAGCACAUGGUGCAGGCUGGCGUGGCGCCUUUUCCAGGCGCACCAGCUGGCUAUGCCGCAGCACCUGGACCGGCCGCUGCAGCCGCUGCUGGUGCGCCCACAGCGGCAGAGAGCUUGUCGCUGGCCGUGACAGCAGCCGCAAUCAAAACUGAGCCUGGAAUGCAGCUAAAGGCAACCGCCGAGUCUGUAGCAGCGGGCAAUGGCAGCACAGGAGCCACCGGUGCAACACCAGCUUCUGUGGCAGUGUCCACCAGUGUUGCCGAUGGUGUAGUCGUCAAUGCGCCAUUGUAUAUUCAACAAAAGUCCACAGUAUUGAUUGCCAGUGAGGCAGCGGAAGCACAGCAGAACUCUGCGUUGCCACAUGCUGGUGGUGGUGGUGGCGGUACCGGAGGUGGCGGUGGCGGCGGUGCCAUGCCCAGCUCACCGCUCAGCAGCUCACCGUCCAGCGUUAUAGUCGCCUCGACAGCAGCCACACUGAAUGGCAACAGCAACAGCAAUAGCAUCCCCAACGAUGGCAACGUAUCGGGCAACACAUCACCCAUUGCUAGCGGCGAGCCGCUGCUGCAAACGCCACCAGCAGCACAGCAACAACAGCAACAACAACAGCAACAACAACAACAACAGCAACAACAACAGCAGCAACAACAACUGCAACAACAACAACAGCUCAAUUUAAGCAGCAGUCCCACAGCAGCAACUUCAGUGACCGCCAGCUCCAUAGCCUCGGGCACCUUGGCCGCAACGAGCAGCAGCAUGUCCACAGGACUAUUGCCCACCGCCGGACUGGAUAGUAAUCCCAAUUGUGGUGUGCCCGCAAGCACUUCUCAGGUGAUUGCGCAUCUAAACGCAGUCAGUGGCAUUAUGACAGCGGCCGUGCAGUCACCCAAUGUGGUCACUAGUCUAAGCAGCGCUCUAGUCCCGGCACAGUCGGUCUCCUCAUCGGUGGCUGCCGCCGUAGCCGCCGCUGCCUCGUUGGAUGCCAAAAGUCAGCCGAAACGCUUACACGUCUCCAAUAUACCGUUUCGCUUCCGGGAUCCCGAUCUGCGUGCCAUGUUUGGGCAAUUUGGCAACAUUUUGGACGUGGAAAUCAUCUUCAAUGAACGUGGCAGCAAGGGAUUCGGUUUUGUAACAUUCGCUAACAGCAACGAUGCAGAACGAGCACGCGAACGUCUACACGGCACCGUGGUUGAGGGACGCAAAAUCGAGGUGAAUAACGCCACUGCACGUGUACAAACCAAAAAAGUGACAGCAGUACCCAACGUUGUACUGACCAAAGACGGUGCCCUACCGGCUCCAGCUCUAGUUUGCGUACAAUGGCCUGAAGCCGCCGUAGCCGCCGCCGCUGCCAUGCGUGGAGUUGCCAUACAACGUGGACACGUGGGCGUGGUCGGUGCCACACCCUUCCAUCAUCCCCAUCAUCCGCACCAUCAUCAGGCGCUGGUUGCCGCCGCUCAGCAGCAACAGCAACGUCAAGUGGCCGCCGCUGCCGUGGCCGCAGCAGCCGCCCAACAGCAGCAGCACCAGCAACAACAGCAACAGCAGCAUCAGCAGCAGCAGCAACAACAACAGCAACAACAACAACAGCAGCAACAACAGCAACAACAUGCCGCAGUAGCCGCUGCCGCCGCUGCCCAGCACUCACAACACGCCGCUGCCGCCGCCGCCGCCGCCGCUCACACACAUCCGCAUGCACAUGCGCAUGCUCUCGCCCCCCAGCUAGCCCAGCUGCAGCCGACGCUCCAGGCGGUCGCCGUGCCCACUGCCGCUGGUAGUGCUGCGGCUGCUGCCGCUCAGCAACACUCGGCGCUGCAGCAAUCGCUGGCAGCUGCCGCAGCUGCACAAAAUUCGGGCGUCGCAGGUAAUGCGAACGCUGCUGCCGCCGCUGCGUAUGCGGCACGUCUCUCCGCUGCCACGGCUUCCCAAACGCCGGCCGCUGCUGCUGCGGCUGCUGCUUCCAUGGCAGCGUCGGCUAAUGCGGCCAACAGCGCUUUGCAUGGAUUUGCGCCCGUAUACUAUGAUCCCUUCUUAGCAGCCGCUGCUUCCGCUGAUCCAAAUCUACGCUUCCAGGCAGCCAAACCGGUCACUGAAGUUCCAGCCGCACAGCCAGCCGCCAUAUUAAAUCGCCGCACUGUGACUACGCUAAACAGUACCCCACAUACGAUCAACCGCAUUCCGGUACCACAGAAUGUUUUGGCCACUGCUCCGCUGUUAAAGACACCCCUGUCUCAGGCCCAGCAGCAGGCGUACGCCACGGCGGCUACCACCUACACGGCGGUCGCUGCCCGGGCCGCCUACGGCGCCGCUGCAGCAGCAGCCGCCCAACCAGCACUCGCUGGCUAUGCCACCGUAGCGGGUUACGCGCGCGAGUAUGCGGAUCCUUAUCUAGGACAUGGAAUUGGACCCGUGCCAGGCUAUGGGGCAACCCUGUAUCGCGGUGGCUUCAAUCGUUUUACGCCAUAUUAGAAAGCUUCAUAAGUCAGCCAAAUAACGCACUUGAACUACUCUCGAAAAUGCUCAAUGUAUGAACAAAAAUUAGACGUAAAUACUCCUCCUCUACAGUGCAGUAAGUAGAAGUUAAAUCUAACGCAAAACCAGAUGCUCAAAAAUGAUCGAAAAACAAAAACAAAACAAAACCCACUCAAUAUAUGGAGAGAUGAAAAUCAAAGCUAAAAGCAGCUGCAAACCUGUGGCAAUUUAAGCAAAAUAAAA